AUGGUUCUGUCGCAGCAAUCAUUUCAAAUUUUCAAGUUUGGUUUAAUAUUCAUUGUUACGAUCGGUUUUGGGUUCUAUCUUUUUUCAGAUCACGAUUAUCAUGAGACACUUCGAGUCGCUGUGUCAGGGAAGAAAGGAAUUUUUGUUCAAAAGGCUCUUCGAACAAAUAUUGAUGGACCUUUCGAUGAUUCGACUUUAGUUGAUCUCUGUGACAACACAGAAUGGAGAGAAGGGUUGAUUUUUCAAUGUGAAGCACCAUAUGGAGGAGUUGCGAAUAUUCGAAAUAUGCUGCUGAAUUGUGUUCGAUAUGCCAUUGAAGCUGGAGCAACGUCAAUCGUCAUCCCAGAACUUAAACUUUGGAUACCUCACAAUGAUAGCCCAAAUACACCGGAUCCAGAACUGAAUACCGUACUACAAAGUAGGAAAGAAAAGGAUAAUACUGCGCAUGUUCCAUUCUCAUAUCUUUUCGACCUUGAUUUCUUUAAAGAAUCUUUGACUGGAGCAUGCCCUCGGAUCAAGUUUAUUCCACAUAUCAAUGAUUUGUAUACAGCUCCUAGCACUCAAAAUCCACAUCCUCUUGAUCCGGGUACAUUAUCCCCAGAAAAAUUAGAAGAACCAUUCGAAUCUCUCCUUGCAAAUCCUGGCACAUGGGCUAAUGAUUUUACGACCUGGCUCAACGAAAUAAAUUUUGAGUUCUCGGAAAAGCUACCAAUGCGUGUGACAAUCAAGGAGUCAUUGCUACAUUGGCCAUUGAAGUACGAUAAUCCCGACUUUGUCUCUCAAUUUGGUCGACUAAUUCGUCCCAAUCAAGAAAUCCGCACUCUCGCCUCUACAGUCCUUUACGCACUGUCUCAAAAGUAUAAUCUUCGAUUCAAUGCCAGUGAAGGAAUACAAGAUGAAAUGUACUAUGGCGCACAUCUUCGAACAGGUGAAGAUGCUAAAGCAGCCAAUUGGACUAGCGUCGAAAAGCAAACUCAAAACUAUCUUCAAGCAUGCAAGCACAAUAAAUUUCGAGUAAUUUAUCUUGCGUGCACCUCUGAAAUCGAUAUCAAACACUUCACCUCUCUCGCUCAUAGUUACACUACAUAUCAUAUCCACGUCGCUACGGCUGCCAACCUGCUUAGUCUUCAUCCCAAAGAUCUAGCAAUCUAUACCUCGCUCUCUUCACCCCAACGCUCUCUAAUCGACCAUGAAGUCCUUCUCAAAUCUUCUAUUUUUGGCGGUACCCUCGAAUCAUCAUAUUCCUGGAAUAUAGCACUUCGUAGACAUAUAGUAUGGGGAAACGGAACAUGGAUACCACAAGCUGAAGACUUUGUGUUUGAUCGUGGUGGAGUGGUUAAAGAUCAAAAUGAGAAGGAUGCGGGAGCGAUAGGGGGACCUGUAGGGGGGUAUGGAGGAGGUGGAUUCCAGAGUUUUAGAGAUGGAGCGGCGGGGACGGGGAAGGAUGGGUUGGGGAAUCCGGGGAAGGGGGGGUAUGGGUUGAGUGUUGUUUUUGGGGGUCCGUUGAGGGGGCAGGAGUGGGAGAGGGGGUUAUGGCCUUGA